AUGACUGCGAGACAGUCCGAGUGUGUCGUUGUAUCACCAGAAUUCUUGAAGUACCUGAAAAAGCUCCCUGAAGACAUUCUAAGCUUCAACGAGGCAGUAGAAGAGGCUCUCCAGACAAAGUACACCAACAUCACAAGCAAUAUCCCCACGAUACCGCAUACUCUCAAAACUUCACUUAAUCCCGCCCUGUAUGAAGUCUCGAAUGCGAUCCAAACAGAGUUCCCCCAGUCAGCGGACUGGUCGGACGUUAGAAUCAACGGCAAGCUAGCCCGCAUAGUAGCCAAAACAUCAGGCCGAAUCUUUGUUGGGCCCGAUCUCUGUAGAGACGAGGUCUACCUCGAUGCGGCCGUCAACUACACCCUCGACAUGACAGCUGCUAUCCAGGCUGUGGGGUUCAUAUCCCCCUGGCUGCGUCCAUUCCUAGCGUCCCGAGCACCGCAAGUCAAGAAAUUGCGCCACCGCUUCCAGCAAGCUGACGAUUUCCUCCGGCCCGUGGUCACAGCCCGCCGCCAGGCUGCACUCCAUGGCCUCAAUGAGAAGGACAAGCCAGAUGACAUGUUGCAAUGGUUGAUGGACUCCCAAGACAAAUUCGGUCAACAGAGUGAUCGUGAAAUAUCGAACUUUUAUAAUCUUGCGGCAACACCCGAUCUCGUGGCAACCCUGCGACAAGAGGUCGAGGAGGUUUUUGCUGAGACAGAUGGCAAUAUUACCGCAGUCGCACUGCAAAAAAUGGUGAAGCUAGACAGCUUCCUGAAGGAGAUCAUGAGAUACUAUCCUCAAAGUGCCAUUAAGACACAUGCUUCACCUGUGAGAUCAUCGGCUAAAUAUCACCCCUCAGCGGCAUUCCAACGCAAGGUCAUGAAGCCAGUCACUCUGCCAAACGGGCAAACAAUUCCUACCGGUGUCAUCCUGGAGGUCCCUUCACAUGCCAUCAACUACGAUGAAACGAUACACGCCAGUCCGGACGUCUUUGACGCGUUAAGAUUCUACAAGAUUCGAAAGGAAAAGGAAGCUGCUUUGAAAGGUAAAAUUCCAGCGGAGGAUGCCUUUGCGGAAGCAGCAACUAACAAUCAGUUUGCGAGUGUGGGCGAUACGAGUCUUGCUUUUGGGUACGGGAGGAAUGCCUGUCCUGGCCGGUUCUUUGCAGCGAACGAGAUGAAGAUGAUUUUGGCGACUACGUUCUUGAAGUACGACUUGAAGAUGCCUGAUGGCUGUACCGAGAGGUACAAGAAUCUCACUUUCGGAUCUCAGUCAGUUCCAGAUCCCACCAAAGCCAUCAUGGCGAGGCUGCGGAAAUAG